GAUUUUUAAACUGGUGAAUUCGUUAGCGUUUAUGUGAAUAAUCAUCCAUCAUCAGGAAAGAUCCGAAGAAAAGCGACGCCGUUUUAAAGGAGAUGGAUAAACAACCGGCGACCAGUUGGAGUAUCCAUACCCGGCCGGAGAUAAUCGCCAAGUACGAGAUCUUCGAGCGAGUCGGAUCCGGAGCUUACGCCGACGUUUACAGAGCUCGCCGUCUCUCCGACGGUCUAAUCGUCGCGCUCAAGGAGAUUUUCGAUUACCAAUCUGCGUUCCGGGAGAUUGACGCGCUCACCAUCCUCAAUGGAUCUCCUAAUGUAGUUGUUAUGCACGAAUACUUCUGGCGUGAGGAAGAGAACGCUGUGCUUGUGCUUGAGUUUCUUAGGUCGGAUCUCGCUGCGGUGAUCCGAGAUGGUAAGAGGAAGAAGAAGGUAGAAGGAGGGGAUGGAUUCUCGGUUGGGGAGAUUAAGAGAUGGAUGAUUCAGAUUUUAACCGGUGUUGAUGCUUGUCAUCGGAAUUUGAUUGUACAUAGAGAUUUGAAGCCUGGGAAUAUGUUGAUUUCUGAUGAUGGAGUUCUUAAGCUUGCUGAUUUUGGUCAGGCUAGGAUACUCAUGGAGCAUGAUAUUGUAGCUUCAGAUGAAAACCAACAAGCUUACAAACUGGAAGACAAAGAUGGAGAAACCAGCGAACCACCAGAAGUUAUUCCUGAUUAUGAGAACUCACCUAGGCAAGGGUCUGAUGGUCAGGAACGGGAAGCGAUGAGUAAAGACGAGUACUUCCGACAGGUGGAAGAGCUCAAGGCUAAACAGGUUGUUAGAGAUGAUACUGAUAAGGACUCGAAUGUGCAUGAUGGAGACAUAUCUUGCCUUGCAACGUGCACUGUUAGUGAAAUGGAUGAUGAUCUCGGUAGGAACUCGUUUUCUUACGAUGCUGACGAAGCAGUGGAUGAUACACAGGGUUUGAUGACAUCUUGUGUGGGAACCCGAUGGUUUAGGCCACCAGAACUGCUCUAUGGAUCUACGAUGUAUGGGUUAGAGGUCGAUCUAUGGUCGCUUGGUUGUGUGUUUGCAGAACUCUUGUCUCUUGAGCCUUUGUUCCCAGGAAUUUCAGAUAUUGAUCAGAUCAGCAGAGUGACCAAUGUGCUGGGAAAUUUAAAUGAAGAGGUCUGGCCUGGUUGUGUUGAUCUUCCAGACUACAAGUCAAUCUCAUUUGCUAAAGUAGAAUCUCCUCUUGGUAUUGAAGGAUGCCUUCCCAACCAUUCAGGGGAUGUGAUAUCGCUGCUCAAGAAGCUUAUCUGUUAUGAUCCAGCUAGUAGAGCUACUACUAUGGAGAUGCUGAAUGACAAAUAUUUAAGUGAAGAGCCUCUUCCAGUUCCAGUUUCAGAGCUCUAUGUGCCUCCGACAAUGAGUGGACCAGAUGAGGAUUCUCCGAGAAAGUGGAAUGAUUACAGAGAAAUGGAUUCAGAUUCAGAUUUUGAUGGCUUUGGACCCAUGAAUGUAAAGCCUACCAGUAGUGGAUUUACAAUAGAAUUCCCCUGACCUUGGCAUUUAAGGUACGCAGUCAAAAGCUCUGGCUCGCUUAAACACAUAAAUCAGUCUCUUCUCUCUCUCUCUUUCUUCUUCAAAGAGAAUGGGUAUAUACCAAAACCUGACAUGUGUUUCUUUAGGUCUUGAUUGAUGCAACACUCUUUGUUGUUUGAAGAUCUUGUUACAGAAUACCGCUUAGAAAAUUGUUAACUUUUCGUUAGGACAUUGUUUAGGUAUCAAUGGCGGCAAAAACUUUUGAAAUUCGUUUGCUCAUUGAUCUCACAACUUUUUUUUGCGCUUUGUUUCUCUCAUCGAUCUCAGUUUUAUGUGUUUAUCUCUCCUUGGCAGAGUCCAUGGUUGAGCAUCUUGAUCAUCCCGACUUCCCCUGAAUUCGCCUACUUUGUCAAAAAUGUGUUGUGUGUGUGUGUGUGUUGUUCCUCUCUCUCUGCCUCCCUCGUAUGAAAAUGGUAACAUUUACAAUUGGAAAGUCGGUGUUAGCCUUUAGCUAUUAGCUGAAGAGCUAGUUUUCUUGUUGCCCAGGCCAUUCUUUACCCUAUUUUUCAUCUGAAGUAACAAUGAAACAAAAUCUAUAUAUACUCGAGUUUUGCUUUCUAGGAUCUGUAUUUCUUAAUUGUUUCUAUAUUUUGAUCAAUUUUGAACUUUUCAUAUCAAGUUAUCAACAUGUGUAGUAGCAACCCUUCAAUAAUGAGACCAUGGAAUAAAAGCCUA